AUGCUGCAGAAAAUUCCCCAAUUGACAUACGAGAAAGCCAGUGAUGGUGCAUUUGAAAAUUUAAAUCGGAAUGCAAUCCAAUGGAAUUGGUUUCGGAAAAUCGAAGAUCAUCCUAGCAGUGGGAACACACAACUAAAGUGGCUGCUGAUCUGUACGCCGAGCUUGGCAAUUGAUUUGCAAACGUUUGGUCACCAUUCGAGGAGACAUCUUCAGUGCGCUGUUGGUUGGAGCAGCCUUUGUGCUGUAACCUGGAUUCCGAUUGGCCCGUUCUUGAUCUGUAUGGCGUCGUGGUCGGCUUCUGUGUUGGUUUGCGGCGGGCCUUUUUCUCCUUCAUGGGAAAUAGGUGAGAGUUCACAGGGGGUCAUAGGAAUCACCUUGAAUAUGGGCAUAAAGCGAAAAGCAUUACAAAUAUACAUGUAUCGCGAUAUCUCGAAUAUCGUAGCGACUGAAACUUGGGGCAGCCCAGUGCAGCACAUUCAGUUGCCUGGAAACAUCACAAACGAGAGAUUCAGCUGGGUUCCAGUAGCAAGCACUUUCAUUGGUCUGACAAGUCCAGAUUACAAGCCACCGGGGCCAAUGACGAAAGCAUUGGAUAGGGAUGGGGCGAGAUUGCCCAAGUGGUUAGAGCGAGAAUUUACUGACUGGAAGGUCCGUGGUUCGAACCCGACCUCCGCCUCUCGACUUCCCCUGUCUAAGUUUGGGCAACCUGGCAGUAUCCCAGACCCGCUUGUGCAACCUGGCAGUAUAGCAGCCCUCGUGCUUCCUUCGGGUGACAUGGCAGAUAGACACCGAAAGAGUGUUAGAGCUGAACGAUUUCAUUUCAUUUCAAUCCUUAAAUUCAUUCUUUACCGAAGAAACCGUUAG